AUGGAGACGGCUAUGUGUGUCUGCUCUCCCUGCUGCACGUGGCAGAGGUGCUGUCCUCGCUUAUGCUCCUGUCUGUGCUGCAAGUUCCUCUUCACCUCCGAGCGGAACUGCACCUGCUUCCCCUGCCCUUACAAGGACGAGCGGAACUGCCAGUGCUGCCACUUCACUUGUGCCGAGAACCCCAAUUGCCACUGGUGCUGCUGCUCUUGGGCCAAUGACCCCAACUGCAAGUACUGCUGCACGGCCAACAGCAACGUCAAAUUCCAUUACUAUGAGAGCCGCUGCUGCCGCCAGGCCACCGUCACGUUCCGGAAGGGCCGCCUCAGGGUCAUCCACAUUUCCUCCAAAACCGCGCUACGCGUCGGGAGCAGCGAUACCCAGGUGGAAGAGACGAAGGUGGUCGGGUCGGGGAAGGGCCACCUGAUCGACCAUCUCCUGUGUCCCAUGUGCAACCGGCUGCGCCUGCACUCCUUCAUGCUGCCCUGCAACCACAGCCUGUGCGAGAAGUGCCUGCGGCAGCUGCAGAAGCAUGCGGAGGUCACAGAGAACUUCUUCAUCGUCGUCUGCCCGGUGUGCAGCCGCUCGCACUGCAUGCCCUACAGCCACAAGAUGCAGCUGCCCGAGAACUACCUGCACGGCCGCCUCACCAAGCGCUACAUGCAGGAGCAGGGCUUCCUCAAGUGGCGCUUUGACCGCUCCUCGGGGCCCAUCCACUGCCAGGUCUGCCGCAGCCGGCGCAUCGCCUACAAGCGCUGCACCACCUGCCGCCUCAACCUGUGCAACGAUUGCCUCAAGAGCUUCCACUCGGACGUGGCCAUGCAGGACCACGUCUUCGUGGACACCUGCACCGACGACCAGGACGAGAUGAUCUGCAUCCAUCACCCGUCCAGCCGCAUCAUCGAGUACUGCCGCAACGACGACCAGCUGCUCUGCAACUUCUGCAAGGCCUCCUUGCACAACGGCCACGACACCAUCAGCCUCCUCGAUGCCUGCUCCGAGAGGUCUGCCGCACUCUUCAGCGCCAUCGCCAAGUUCAAAGCAGUCCGAUAUGAAAUUGACAAUGACCUUAUGGAAUUCAACAUUUUAAAAGGCAGCUUUAAAGCGGACAAGGAGGCGAAGCGAAAAGAGAUCAGAAAUGGAUUUCUCAAGCUACGCAGCAUCCUGCAGGAGAAGGAGAAAAUGAUCAUGGAGCAGGUCGAGAAUCUGGAAGGGUCCAGGCAGAAGGAGAUCGAAAAGUACGUGUACGUCACAUCCAUGAAAGUGAACGAAAUGGACGGCCUGAUCGCCUACUCCAAGGAAGCUCUCAAGGAGACGGGCCAAGUGGCGUUCCUGCAGUCCGCCAAGAUUCUGGUGGAGCAGAUUGAGGACGGCAUCCAGAGCACCUACAGGCCCGACCCGCAGCUCCGGCUACACUCCGUGAACUGCCUGCCCUUGGACUUUGCUGAGCUCUCCACUGCCAUCCAUGAGCUCUUCCCCCAAGGACCCAAGAAGGUGUGCUCCUCGGGGGAUUCCGUAACCUCCCCUUACCCCACACACUCAGAAAUGAUGAUUUCCAGGAAGGUCACGUUCAGCACCCACAGCUUGGGCAACCAGCAGCUAUACCAGCGAAGCUCCUCCUUACUGUCCUUUAAAACCACCGCCGCUGGGGGAGAGAAGGUCAAGGUGGGUCUGGAGUCCUAUGGGCGCACGCAGUCCACCACCUCUCCCAAAACCACCGAUGGCCUCUACACCUACUGGAGUGCGGAGGCUGAAAACCAAUCUCUGCACAACAGCGGCAGCUUCCACAAUGGGUACGCGGUCAAGGACACCCCUGUGAAGACCCCAGGCCCGAUUGUUAUCUACCAGACUCUGGUGUAUCCAACAGCUGCCAAGGUUUACUGGACAUGCCCAACAGAAGACGUGGACUCUUUUGAGAUGGAAUUCUAUGAAGUCAUUAGCUCUCCUCCAAACAAUGUGCGGACAGAGCUCUGUGGACAAAUCCGGAACAUCACGCAGCAGAGUCUGGAGCUGCACAACCUGACCCCCAACACCGAGUAUCUGUUUAAAGUCAGAGCCAUCAAUGACAGUGGUCCUGGGCAAUGGAGUGACAUCUGCAAGGUGCAGACCCCCGACGGGCACGGGAAGAACCGAGCGAAGUGGGGCCUGCUGAAGAAUAUCCAGUCUGCCCUCCAGAAGCGCUUCUGA